UAAAUCAAAUUGUAGGAACAAUAUAUUGUAAACUAUAGAUAUAGCUUUAGUGAAGAUCCUUCAACAUGUCCUCACAAGCAGUGCAAUUGCGUAUCAAGAGUAAUCAUGUGGUUAUGGACAAUGGUAUAGUGCAAGUGUAUUUAUCCAAUCCUGGUGGAUUUGUAACUAGAAUACAAUAUAAUGGCAUUGAUAAUCUGCUUGAAGCUCUUAACGAAAAGAAUAAUAGAGGGUAUUGGGAUGUCGUUUGGAGUGAAUAUGGAAGUACAGGAACAACCGGAACAUUCGAGCGGAUUGUGGGAACAAGUUUUAAUGUGAUAAUGGAAACAGAAGAACAAGUUGAAAUCUCAUUUAAAAGAACAUGGAAUCCAUCUCUAAAGGGAAAGUUGUCACCUCUAAAUAUAGACAAAAGGUAUGUGAUGCUACGUAAUUCCUCAGGAUUUUAUUCAUAUGCUAUCUUUGAACACCUAAAGGAGUGGCCAGCUUUCAACAUACCUCAAAUCAGGAUUGUUUAUAAGCUUCGUAAAGACAAGUUUCAUUACAUGGCUAUGGCUGAUAAUAGGCAAAGGUUGAUGCCUCUCCCUGAUGAUCGAUUACCUGGAAGAGGAAAAGAACUUAUUCCCCCAGAAGCUGUUUUGCUUGUAAAUCCCAUCGAGCCAGAAUUUUUAGGAGAGGUUGAUGACAAGUACCAAUACUCAAGUGAGAACAUAAACCUUAAGGUUCAUGGAUGGAUAAGUGCAGAGUCUGAAACAAUUCCAGCAACAGGUUUUUGGGUAAUCAUACCUAGCAAUGAAUUUCGAUCAGGUGGUCUUGUUAAACAGAAUCUUACCUCCCAUGUUGGCCCCAUCAGCCUUGCAAUGUUUCUUAGUGCACAUUACGCAGGAGAGGAUAUAGUUCUUAAACUCCAGCCUAAUGAGCCAUGGAAAAAAGUUUUUGGGCCAACUUUUGUCUAUCUUAACAACUUGUUGGAUCAUGAUGAGGACCCACUAGCUCAACUCUGGGAGGACGCCAAAUUUCAGAUGAACAAAGAAGUACAAAGUUGGCCCUAUGAUUUUCCAGCUUCAGAUGAUUUUCAAAAGGCUAGCCAAAGGGGUAGCGUUUGUGGCACGUUACUUGUUCGUGACAGGUGUGUAAGUGACAAGGACAUAAUAGCAAAAGGUGCAUAUGUAGGAUUAGCCCCACCAGGAGAUGCUGGAUCUUGGCAAAGGGAAUGCAAGGGAUACCAAUUUUGGAGUAAAUCAAACGAGGAAGGCUACUUUUCAAUCAAUAAUAUACGGAGUGGUGAUUACAAUCUAUAUGCAUGGGUUCCAGGUUUCAUUGGAGAAUAUUGGAACAAUGUUGUCCUCAAAAUAACCCCAGGUUGCGAGAUAAAUGUUGAUGACAUAGUCUUUGAGCCUCCAAGAGAUGGUCCAACAUUAUGGGAGAUUGGAAUUCCUGAUCGCUCUGCUGCUGAGUUCUAUGUUCCAGAUCCUAAUCCAAAAUUCAUAAACAAGCUUUUUAAAGACCAUCCAGACAAGUUUAGGCAGUAUGGCUUGUGGGAAAGAUAUGCAGAGCUAUACCCAAAUGAAGAUUUGAUUUAUAAUGUUGGUGUUAGUGACUACACAAAAGAUUGGUUCUAUGCACAAGUCACCAGGAAGAAAAAUGAUGGCAGUUACCAAGGAACUACAUGGCAAAUUAAGUUCAACAUGGAUGAUGUUCAAGAAAAUGGACUGUAUAAAUUAAGAUUAGCUCUUGCAAGUGCAAAUGUCUCUGAAUUACAGGUUAGAGUGAAUGAUGAAAAACAAGAUCCUCCACUAUUUACUACGGGAGUGAUUGGGAAGGACAAUGCAAUAGCUAGACAUGGAAUUCAUGGACUCUAUUGGCUAUUCAACAUUGGUGUGCCAAGUAUUUUGCUAAUCAAAGGAGAUAAUACUAUUUUUCUAACACAAACUAUGGCUACUGGUCCCUUGCCCCUUUUUCAGGGAAUAAUGUAUGAUUAUAUUCGUUUAGAAAGCCCCUAUUAAAGGAAAUUAGAGGCUCAAUAAUAUACAUUUAGUGUGGUACCCUUCAAAAAAAAAAAUACAUUUAGUGUGGUAAAUGAGUGGAUUGUAUGGGUAAUUUCAAGUGCUUAAAUUAUAAA